GUUGGCGCCCUCCGAAUGCUUGGCUAAGUUAGUCAGUCGCUGGUCAUCAAUCACAUCGCAUCAUCCCAGCCAACCCAACCCCGUCCGUCCGUCCGUCCAACUUCAGCCUCUCCUCCGUCCUGCUUGCCAGUCAAGUCCCACCCGGACUGCUCCCCUCCCAACCCUCAUCGGCAUUGAAGUCGCUCAAUUGCGAGGAGCAAUCCGCUCCACGGAGACCCUCACAAUGCUUUCAGACAAGUAUGUCGGCCUAAUUCUGGCCAUUACGUCAACAAUGGCUAUCGGUACGAGUUUCGUCAUCACGAAAAAGGGUUUGAUGCAAGCAUCGGAGCGUCAUGGAUUUGAAGGAGAAGGUUUCUCAUAUCUGAAGAGUCCCGUCUGGUGGGGCGGUGUUAUUACAUUGGCUGUGGGAGAAAUCGCAAACUUCGCCGCGUAUGCAUUCGCACCUGCGAUUCUUGUGACGCCGUUAGGUGCGCUGAGUGUCCUGAUUGGUGCUGUUCUUGGAUCGUAUUUUCUCAAGGAAAAACUGGGCGUUUUGGGCAAACUGGGGUGUGCGAUGUGUCUGCUUGGAUCGGUUGUCAUCGUUCUCCAUGCGCCUCCCGACAAGCCGGUGGAGAAGAUUGACGAAAUCCUGGGCUAUGCGCUGCAACCCGGGUUCCUGAUCUACUGUCUGGCAGUCGCAAUCUUCUCUACCGUCAUGAUUUACCGCGUCGCGCCCGUCUACGGCAAAAAGAACCCCUUGAUCUUCAUUUCCAUCUGUUCCACCGUUGGCUCGGUUUCCGUCAUGUCCAUCAAGGCGUUCGGCAUCGCGGUGAAGCUCACGCUUGGCGGAAACAACCAGUUCACCCAAGCCUCGACCUAUGUCUUCAUGAUCGUCACGGGAUUCUGCAUUCUGACGCAGAUGAACUACAUCAACAAGGCCUUGAACCAGUUUUCUACAUCGAUUGUCAACCCCCUCUACUAUGUCACCUUCACCACUGCGACUUUGUGCGCUUCUUUUAUUCUCUUCAAGGGAUUCAACACCACCGAUGCCGUGAACACCAUCUCCCUGCUCUGUGGAUUCCUGAUCAUCUUCUCCGGCGUGUAUCUUCUGAACCUCUCCCGACACGAUCCAGAUGGACGGCAGAUGCUCAACUACAAGCUCGACGAUGAAGGGAUUCCCACGGACGGGAUCGCGGGCUACCAGACGCGGCGGUCCAUGCAGUCCCGUCGCAGCAACGAGCCUCACCGCCGGAGCUCGUCGGGGGCGUACAUGAACGGCCAUGGCGACCGGGAGGGGCUCAUUCGGGCCUAUGAUGUGGAGAACCAGGCGUUCGGGCUGGCCGACAUGGCCGACAGUGACGGCGAGCCGGGCCCUACCUAUAAACGGAGUGGAGAGCUAGAUCGCGUGUCCCGUCCACCCAACAAACAGAGCACGCUAUAGUACGAUAUGAUGGCUGGCUGGAAUUCCUUUGCUUGCUAGCUGCACUUACGACCAAGAACAUUGCUGUUACGUUUUCCCUUUCCCCGUUGCGUGUCCCUCCUGCUUUUCCUUCCUGCCUCCGGGCC